GAGAGGUUGCACUCUCGACAGCCACGGCGGCUGCAACGUGACCGCGGUACCACGUGACUCGCGCGGAUCUGGCGGUCACGUUGCACUCGGCGUGGCUCGGUCGCCUCUGUAUACCUCUGCACGCUGCUCCCUUGUCCAUCUGCCUUCUACGACUAGUGCGUUCGCAUAUGCGAUCGACUGUCAGCACGGUGCGGUGCAGUUUCCUCCGUCGCGUUCUCAUUUUUUAUCCUCGUCGGGUGAAAUAUAUAAUUAUAUUUUGAAAACAGAGAUAGAGGAAGAAGAGACGGAUGUGAAAUCGCGCGGGACACCAGAACGAGUGAGCGAGUGAGUGUUAAAUUAUAACGCGAUACUUUGGAAAAUAUAUAGCGAUCUGCGUCGCGCAAUUCGCGUGUGUUAUCGCGUGUGUUGCCAGCGUGAAACUCUCUUACGUACGCGAAAUGUUAAUGUGUUUGAUUUUUUUUUAAUUAAGAGAAUUAGUGCCUUGACUCGAGUGACACCAGGAGAAUGCAUUUCGAAAUUGAGUACGACGACGCGACGAUCGGCGAAUGAAUCAUCAUUGAUUUAAUUUCAUGUAAAUUCAAUCGAGACUUUGAACAUUGGUUGUGAGAGAAGCGUCGUCGAAUCGAAUAAUUGUUUGUAAAGCCUCGCAAAAACUAACGCGGUGAAUUUUUAACUCGGUAAUCUGGAAUCGCGAGACGAUCAGCUGACGUCUCAUCGUCGAUUUAAAUUCCCUUCUUCGAAUUCUGCCGCAUUUUGCCGGCUGAGAAAGAGAGCGACUUUUCCGUCACGAUUCCGCUCCGCGGAUUGUUGCAGCGAAUAGCAGCGCCAGCUGGUCUCUUUUCUAAUCAGGGCGCGCUGAGGAAAGAUGACGGGAAGUAGUAACAACGAAAUGGUCCAGGGGGUGACACCGGGGGUUCGGGGCGACGGCAGGAAACACACGGUUCAUUGGUUCCGUAAGGGACUCCGGCUGCACGACAACCCUUCGUUGAGGGAGGGUCUCGCGGGAGCGUCCACUUUCCGGUGCGUCUUCGUCCUGGACCCUUGGUUCGCCGGAAGCACCAACGUCGGCAUCAAUAAAUGGAGGUUCCUGCUGCAGUGCCUGGAGGAUCUAGACUGUUCCCUGAAGAAGCUGAAUUCCCGUCUGUUUGUGAUCCGUGGCCAACCAGCCGACGCACUUCCGAAACUCUUCAAGGAAUGGGGAACGACGAAUCUGACCUUCGAAGAGGAUCCGGAGCCGUUCGGUCGCGUGCGAGAUCAUAACAUCUCGGCACUCUGCAAGGAGCUUGGCAUCUCGGUGGUCCAGAAGGUCUCGCACACUCUCUACAAGUUGGACGAGAUUAUAGAGAGAAACAAUGGGAAACCACCGUUGACCUAUCAUCAAUUCCAAAACGUCGUCGCCGGCAUGGACCCGCCAGAACCGCCAGUACCAACGGUGACCGCCGCCUGCAUCGGAAGUGCCUACACCCCUCUCAAGGACGACCACGACGACCAUUACGGCGUGCCCACCCUCGAGGAACUCGGCUUUGACACGGAGGGGUUGCUAUCCCCCGUGUGGGUCGGCGGCGAGAGCGAAGCCCUGGCGCGGCUGGAGCGUCAUCUCGAGAGGAAGGCGUGGGUGGCGAGUUUCGGGAGGCCGAAGAUGACUCCGCAGUCCCUGCUGCCGAGCCAGACCGGGCUCUCGCCCUACCUUCGAUUCGGGUGUCUCAGCACGCGGCUCUUCUACUACCAGCUCACCGAUCUGUACAAGAAGGUACGAGACGACCGCAAUCCGACCUCUAUAAAGAAGGCGGUGCCGCCGCUUUCGUUGCACGGACAGCUGCUCUGGCGCGAGUUCUUUUACUGCGCCUCGACCACGAACCCCAACUUCGAUCGCAUGCAGGGUAAUCCGAUUUGUGUGCAGAUACCCUGGGACAAGAACGUGGAGGCGCUCGCGAAAUGGGCGAACGGUCAGACUGGAUUUCCAUGGAUCGAUGCAAUCAUGACUCAACUGCGCGAGGAAGGGUGGAUACAUCAUCUGGCCAGACAUGCGGUUGCUUGCUUCUUGACCAGGGGCGACCUUUGGAUCUCAUGGGAGGAAGGAAUGAAGGUGUUCGAUGAGCUGCUCUUGGACGCCGACUGGUCUGUCAAUGCAGGCAUGUGGAUGUGGCUGUCUUGUAGCUCGUUCUUCCAACAGUUUUUCCACUGCUACUGUCCUGUGCGAUUCGGCAGAAAGGCGGAUCCAAACGGCGAUUAUAUCAGACGCUACCUGCCGGUGCUCAAAAACUUUCCCACCCGAUACAUCCACGAACCCUGGAAUGCACCACUUAGUAUACAACACACCGCCAAAUGCAUCAUCGGCAAGGAGUACUCGCUGCCGAUGGUGAACCACAGCAAGAACUCGCGCAUCAACAUCGAGCGGAUGAAGCAGGUGUACCAGCAGCUGAACAAGUACCGCGGCAACGGCGCUUCGUUCAAAGGAGAGAACAUCGGCUUGCUGAACGCUUUGUUGGCGCCCCCGACGGAUGCUGAAGAGGAGCAGAGAAAGCAGGACUCGGCGAAUCGGGAGAACGAGCAGAAAAUGGAGACUAUUAAUAAUUCCGCGCAGCAGCAGCAGCAACAGCAACAGCAGCAAUAACCGAUAUAAUGAUUUAGUGAAUCCGUUAGCGUGUUGUGUGUUCACGGGUUGAUGCUGCCUCUCAAUCUCUUGUGAAUUUUACUAAAAGUGUCGGCACUCGUGAAUCUUCCAAUCGUGAGUUCCACGUUUGUACAUCUUCGAUUUACCCUUAAUUGGUCCCGAGAAGACGGGGCGUUUAAUUAAGUUUGACUUUAAUUAGCGACUUUUCUAUUUCAACUUGUUUUCGUCUAUAAUUUAAUAUAACCAAUUUAUUGAAUUCGAUAAAAAUUAAUGUCUAACAUUUAUGAAUGAAAGAUAUCGAUUUUUGUAAUUAUGGUUUUUUUUUUAUUACGUUGCGGACGAUAAUUCUUCAAGGGUUAAUCGUAAGAUCGACAUCUCAUUAAGCGCGGAUAUAUCGAAAAAGAACAUUGCACUAUUUUUUAAAUAUCUGUAGAAAGAAAGAAAUGUUUGAGCAACGAAGAGAUUUGAUUUAGUAAGCACGUUACGUAACGAUCGUUCGUGUAUAUCGAUAGUUUAUUGUGUGAAUAUUUAUUAUAUUUCGCUUGUGUAACAACUGUACAACGAUAUACCCUCUCGCGCAAUAUAUUAUUGAUCAACAAC